CGCACGCAGAGCGGAUGCGGUCACAGGGAUGAGCAGAGAAUUCCGGCUCACACCACAGCUUCACUCCCACGCGAGCCUCCGCGGCAGAGCCCAGCGCGGGCGAGAAGGGGUGGUCCGGAGGGCGGGCCAUCCAGCGCCGCCAGCGGUUGGGCUUCGACCCGCUGGGCGGGACUCAGGGUCUGCUUAUAAGACAGGAGCACCUCUGUCCCGGCCACAGUGCUGAAGCUGGCGUGCCAGCGGAGACCGGGAGGCUUCGGGCAUAGAACUUGCAACUCAAGAACCAGAGGAACUGAAAAAGAGGAGCGCCUUUCCCCACUUCUCCCAGUCCCAGCCUCGGAGGAUGAGGCUCCUUGAGAAACUCCGCGCCUCGGCCGCGGGCACUGCGGUUCAGGAGCCUACCUUCACCAAUGUGCUUACUCCUGAUCGCAUCCCUGAGUUCUGCAUCCCGCCGCGACUGCCUGCGCCGUGCGCGCUCGAGUCUUCGCCCCCGACUGCCGCUUUGCCCCGACGGUGCGCCGCCGAGCCGGACCUGUGGCCCCGGGAAGCAGACGACUGCGCGGGGCGCACGGACUGGGACCCGCGCUCGCAGGCCGCGCUCUCGCUGCCUCACCUGCCCCGAGCGCGCACCGCUUACGGCUUCUGCGCUCUCCUCGAGAGCCCGCACACCCGCCGCAAGGAGUCGCUCUUUCUAGGGGGCUCUGGCACCGCUGCGCUCCUGCCCGCGCCCCGCCGCCGGGCGCGCACCUUCUGCGGCGGCGGCGGAGGCGACCCCCUCGCGCCCCCGGAAGAAGCCCCUGCCGCGCUUCCAGCGGCCCCUGGCGGUCUCUGCGCGCCUCCCGCUGUGCCCGCCCCGCGGCCCCACGGCCGCCGCCUCUUGCGCGCUCCGGAGGGGCUGCUGCGCCGCGCGUUGCGUGUCCGGAGGAGCCGUGGCCUGGCCCGCGCCCGCUCCGUCUCCAGCGAGGACGCGGACGAAGAUGAAGACGACGAGCGCCGUGUCAGCUCCCGGUCCCAGGCUCAGCCCCCCGCCGCGGGCCCUCCGCCGCGACCCGCCGGCCUGCAGCCAGAACGCCUGGAGGCCGAGGGCACUGUGGCUCUGGACCACGCUGGCGGCACCCUGCGCUUGGCCGCCGAGUACAGUAGGGUCAGCGGGCGCCUCCGCGUCCGUCUGCUCCGCGCCGACGGCCCGGCCGGAGGGGUCGCCGAGCCCCGCACGCCCGUCGGCUGCCGCGUCAGCUUCGUCCUCCUGCAGUCGCCGGGCCAGACGCGUGGGCCUCGUGGCAACGUGAUUCGGCGGAGCCGCCGGGCCGUGUUGGAGCAGGACUUGUGUUUGGACGGGCUCUCGGAGGACGAGGUUCGCCGCCUGGCGGUGCGCAUCAAGGCCGAAAACCCGGGCCGCGGCCUGGAGCGGGGCCGCCUGCUGGGCCAGGGCGAGCUGCUGCUGGGCCCCCUCCUGCUCCUCUGAGCGCGCGCCCAGGCCCUGGCGCCUUUUGGACACUGACGGCCUCUGUGUACGAAAUAAAUAUGUAUUUAUUUAUUUUUCUACA